CGCAAACACGUCACAUGCGUUUGAUGUUUCACUGUUAUUUGUUAUUGAUAUUUUUUAUCAAUUUUUAUAAAGACUGGAAUAUUAGGUUGUAGGUGUUAAUUGUGUGUGUCGACAAUAGUGUACUUGUUUUUUUAUCAGUAAUGUUGAAUUAUUAGAUUUGUCGAAUUAGUGCAAUUUAACUUAAACGAAGGCCUAAAAUGGAUCAAAGUUUAUCGAGGGACGAUCAAUCCUACAUCCAAAAAUUGCAGUAUAUGUCUUUAGGCGAUCAACAAGAGCGAUAUCACCGCAGUCCUAACAAAGCCGAACCUGCAGUUCCUACUUAUCAACAGAAACAGAACAGUGUCGGUGCAAUAGAGAGUUUUACCAAGGAACCCCAGAAAAACGACUAUGCCAUAUACGAACGAAAUAACAUCAUAGCCAGUUCUAAAUACGCGACUCCCAAACGCGUGGAAACCAUAGCCAGCCAAAGAGGCCACGAAGAUGAAAGUUUGUACGUCCAAUGCGUUAAACCAGCAAGUCCAACUCAAUCAUUGAGCGGAUCGUCUCAUAACUCAGGAAGUCCUAGAGCUAGCAUGGCUGCCAAUUCCGUAGUUUACGAGUACAUCGACUACAAUUCCAAGAAAAAUCAAAUGCCCUAUUAUUCCGGUGUAAAUAGUAGUAAUAGUUACAGAAAAGCCCAACCGCAAGUCCCUUCGGGCGGUAACAAAAACGGGGAGUCAGACGGUCCACCGGUGUACGAGAAUCUCCACAUUAUGAAGAGCUCGGGCGCCUUGCCCGGUCCCCAAGUAGCAACGAACGCACCGCCACCCUACAAUUACCAGUACACCCCUCAAUCAGUGUACACCCCCAUGCAAACCGCCAACGUUUCCAAAGCCCAACCGCAAUCUCCCUACAACAAUUACAACAAAUCGUCGUCGAAGAGCUUCACCCAGCAGCAACUCGACGAGUUAAACAGCAGCGAUUACGUCUGCAUGACCGGCAACGUCGCGCAUACCACUCUGAACACCAACACCCCGUUCCAAACCACUUCGGCGAAGAACUACGACAGAUCCGUGGCCACGGGAAUCGCUCUGACGCCUACGAAAACUCUGGCGCCCAAAGAGGCGAAGAAGCCCGCUCCGCCGCCGCCGAAGGUCGAGAAACGACCGUCGCCCGCGCCCAGUCCCACCCCGAGCACGUUCAGCAACCCCGGGGGGCGGCUGAAAAUGACCGGCAAGAAUUUACUGCCUUACAGCGUGACUCCCCCGAAGCCUCGCGGUCCCACCGAGGCGGAGAAGAAGAUCGAAGAGAUGACGAGACAGAUCGAAGAGGAAAUGGAGAAGCACGAGGAAGAGGGAGAAUAUUUCGGUAUUUGCCACACUUGCGGAGAGAAAGUAACGGGGGCCGGACAAGCUUGUCAAGCUAUGGGCAACUUGUAUCAUACCAACUGCUUCAUAUGUUGUUCGUGCGGAAGAGCGCUUAGAGGAAAAGCCUUUUACAAUGUACAUGGAAGAGUUUACUGUGAGGAAGAUUACCUAGUAAGCCCUACUCCAAAUGAUUAUUCAGGUUUCCAGCAAACUGCCGAAAAAUGUGCAAUAUGCAAUCAUCUCAUCAUGGAAAUGAUACUCCAAGCCAUGGGCAAAUCUUACCAUCCGGGCUGCUUUAGAUGUUGCGUUUGCAACGAAUGCUUAGACGGAGUACCGUUCACCGUUGAUGUCGAUAAUAAAAUUUAUUGCGUCAACGAUUACCACAGAAUGUUCGCCCCGAAAUGUGCAGCUUGUGGAAAAGGUAUAACCCCUGUAGAGGGUACCGAAGAGACAGUACGCGUGGUAUCGAUGGAUAAAGACUUCCACGUGGAUUGUUAUAUCUGCGAAGAAUGCGGAAUGCAGCUAACAGACGAGCCGGACAAGCGUUGUUAUCCGUUAGAAGGCCGGUUGAUGUGUCGGGGUUGUCACAUUCAAAGACUGCAACACAUGCCAUCCCAAAUGCAUCCCGUUGCCGCCAGCUAUCAAUACACCGGUUAAGUUACUCGCGUUCUUCGAUGCUAGUUCGAUGUAUUCCUUAAACGUAUCGAUGUAGAAAUAGUAGAGCUUUCAUGGGGUUAUAUACACAGUGCUUGAUAGAUGUAUGGGAUGUUUAUGUUGACGUUGAUUCAUUGGAUAGAAAGUAUUAUGCGUGUAUUGUAUUGUGAAAUUAUGACGAAUGUUUUUUUACACAAACUUAUGGCAAUUGAUUGCAAUAUUUACUAUCAUUGUUUUUGAACGAUUUUUAUGUAUAAAUGAUGUAGUGCAGAUUGUAAUAAUACACAUCACUUUAUGGUGACAAUGUAUAUUUGUUGUUUUAUGUGGUGGUUAAUUAAUCGAUUUAUAUUCUAUUUUUUUACUGCUUUUUAUACUUUCUCCAAGAACAUGAUUCAAUAUUUCUAUGAAUAGUUUUUCAAGUUUUAAUUGCGUAUGUUCAAUUAUAUUACGAGGAUAAUUUUUAUUUGAAAGUUGCUCUCUUUACUCGAACAAUUUUUAACAUAUCGUUAAUUCGUUUCCACCACGUAAAAACUAGUGAUAAAAUUUUAUAUAUUACAUAAAAUGUAACGGGAAUUUGCAAAAUGACAAUUUUUAAAUCAAAACCAUAUUUGUCGAUUUUUAAAAAGUUUAUAGUCUAUUAAAAUGGCCAAAUAUAUUUUCUAAUUUUUAAGUGUCCGGUACGUUUAUGACAAAGUUUCGCUAUAGUAAAAGUGCUUGCUUAUUUCAAAUAGGAACGAGUCCAUUUUAGCUUUAAAUACAUCAUGCAUUUUAUAGGCUUUUUAUUAUACAAAAAUGUGAUAGAAACGAUAAAUUCUCUCUUUAAUUAACGUACUUUUGUAAGUACUUUCGACAUAUUAUAUAGAAAAUACUGUACUUAAGUGUGGCAUUCCAGAUUUUGUAUUAUUUUAAACUAUGUAUAUUUUGUUUAUUUCGAUAGAUAUGCCAAUAAAAU